AUGCCUGUCCAAUCAACGAUUCCAAUUCUUGGAGCACCAGACUAUCGAGAUUGGCUUUCCUUCCAAAACAAUGAUUCGGAACAAGAGAAGAAUCGGCUGUUCAUGCGCGACGUCAUCCCAUGUCUCUCUGACUAUGCCGAAGGCACCAUCUUUACCGCGAUACUCGCGGAACACGAAUGGCUAAAGGAGUUCGUGGACCCAGAUGCGAGCUUUGCCGUUGCUCGCGCAGAAGUCGAGCGUCAUCCAAAUGAGGCCACAAUAAUACUGGCUGAUUUUGUCAAGCAUCUGGCUGGAACAGUCAUCACAGUUGCGUGGCAAGAGAACAUGAAAGACUUUGUUCAGCGUGUUGAAACAAACCCGAGUUCAGGGGUUCCAAUGAAUGACGACGAAGUAACAGAAUGUCGAAAAGCCUUUGAGGAAGCUCUUCCAAAACUUGCUGAUCAUCCUCUUUGGAGGACUUUGAGAGCACGUGUUAGAGACUUUAGUCUUCGCAUUGGUUGUCCGGCUGCUGUUGAUGAUCCUCUGGACUGUAUAAUCUCGAUACGUACUCAUUUGAAUUCCAGAGCUAUAAGGGCCCAAGACCUAUCUUCGAAUGAUAGACUAAAGGGUGGCGAUACGGAAAAAAGAAGCCAUGGAGAUUACACGGUUGCUUGGAUCUGUCCAUUGGAAGUUGAGCAAGUGGCUGCUCUGGAAAUGCUAGACGAGGAGCACGAGCAGCUGCUGCAACCCAGCACUGAUCAGAAUGUCUAUGCUCUAGGCACCAUCGCCGGUCACAACGUUGUAAUUGCUGGGUUGCCGCAAACCGGAAAUAAUUCCGCUGCAACAGUUGUCACUCAGGCCAGGGCGACAUUUCCCAAUCUUCGCUACGGUCUCUUAGUAGGGAUUGGGGGAGGUGUACCAACCAUUACCGACAACGGCAUGAUUCGUCUAGGCGACGUCGUGGUUAGCAAGCCAACAGGCGAGCACUCAGGUGUCGUUCAGUACGACCAUGGAAAAGCAGAGGAGGGUUUCUUCCAAAGAACUGGUGCGUUGGCGCCUCCUCCAAGAUUGCUUCUCGGUGCGGCUCAGGUCCUUGCUGCUCAACGGGCGAGAUCACGAGUAGACCCGGUUACAGAGAACAUCGAGCGCAUUGAUACUACUAUUCGGGGUCUCCGGAAGUACAGGUACCCUGGACUUUCUGAGGAUCGCCUCUAUCGGCCGGACUACCCACACAGAGAGCCUAGACUUUCGUGCCAGCAUGGCGGCUGUGAUCCCACCAAUCUUGUACAGCGCGUCAGCGUGGAAGAAGAUGAAGGCGGUCCAACUGUCGUUGUCCAUCGUGGCACAAUCGCUUCUGGUGAGCUGGUAAUUAAAGACGGCAAUUUGAGGGACGAUCUUGCCGAGAGAUAUAAUGUCUUAUGCUUCGAGACUGAAGCUGCAGGAGUGUUGACAAACUUCCCUUGCAUGGUGAUUCGUGGUAUCUCGGAUUAUUCCGACUCGCACAAGAACGACAUAUGGCAUGGAUAUGCGGCUGCGGCUGCGGCUGCUUACGCAAGGGCUCUUUUCUUUCACAUGCCUAUGAACUAG